CAAUCAGGUACAAUCGUGUAACUUGGCAAAUUAACACCGUUGAGAGCAGUGUCAGCAUCUGUGUUUUCAGGCAGACAUCAGAGAAUCUUUCUUUGGUGAUGCCCAUGUGAUACGUGAGAUCCCAUCAGUGUUGUGAGCCUGAAGAAGGAAUCGUGGCAUGGUGGAUCCUGGGGAAUGGCUUAAGAGCUGCCAAAGUGUUUUUCUGAGUUUUGCACCUAGCAUUUCUUCCCGGGCUGCUCUCAGUGGAAGAGAAAUUCUUUGCUCUUCUAGUGAAGGUCUGAGUUUCAACUUUGUACCCACUGCAGGGAGGAACUGCCAAGUUCUGUGCAAAGUAGGACAAAGCGCUCUGUGACCUGAGUUCUCUAGUUAGACUGCGGCCAGGCACUGCAACGUGCUGCCCAGAGAACAUGUGGUUGCCCCAUCCCUGCAGUUGUUGAAGGCCGUUUUUUACAGGGCUCUGGCAAAAAUGAUCCACUGAGUGGAUAUCCUGCCUGUGGCAUGGGGUUGGAACUGGGCAAGAUUAGCAGUCCCUUCCAACACAACCAUUCUGUGAUUCUACUGUUCUGCGGGUACGAUGUACAAUCGGACCUGCAAGCAGAUGUGGGUAAAAGAGGGCAGAGCUGAGCCCUCCCUCUGUGCUUUGGGACUGUUCUGAGGCACAGGAAGUACCUCACCUCACUGUGUGGGUGAUGCGUCCUGCAAACCAACCUGGGUUGGUGCUUCAUUCUUCAUCAGCCUCCUCAUUCCAGAGGAAAGAAAGCAGCUGCUGCUAGGCGCAGUGGUGAUGUGGGCAUGACAGAUCUCCUGUGGAUGCAAAAGUUUCACCCUGAGGGAGGCGAUUAGAAGCACAGAGCCACAUGGACCUAUUCCUGCUUCCUUCCAGGGUCACACAUCACUCAUCCUCUAAAAGGAACGGAUGGGGUGUAGCUGGUGGGAGCAGUGGCACCACCCACCCAUGGACUUGGUUGAACUCUAGCGCUGGCUAUCCAGCCUUUUAUCAAACCAGUGAUUAAACAUUUACCACACAGCAGUCACGUUACUGAAGGAUCACAAUCUAUGGCAUAGAGCAGUCAGCUCAAAGAGCACAGGGCUGUUGCUGUUGCUUCAGAGCUGCCCGGAGUUUUCUUGCAGUGCAGCUCUGCCACAUUUCUGCAGGAAUGGCCCUGCUGCUUCCUUCUCAUCCACAAGUCUCAGUGUCGCUGCUUCUGCUGCUGUCCGUGCUCAGCUUGGCUGCAGGUGGGAAGCUGCUGGUGGUGUCUGUGGAUGGCAGUCCCUGGUUCAGUGCGCUGGAAAUGUUUGAAGUCCUGAAGCAGAAAGGACAUGAAAUAGUCGUGAUUGCAUCUGACAUCAGUUUAAACAUAAAGCCAUCGGAGAAUUUUAUUCUGAAAACCUACCAUGUUGACUUCCCACAAGAUGGGAUGGAUACCAGUUUUGACAUAUUUUUAAAGGAUCUAUUGGAAGAAGGAUCAUUUCUGAAAAGAUUUUUAAAAGUACGUGAAAAUAUUAGAAAAGUCUCUGAGUCAACCAUCAUAGACUGUGAACAGUUACUGCACAAUGCAGAACUUAUCCGAUAUCUCGAGGAGAGUAACUUUGAUGCUCUCUUAACGGACCCUGUACUGCCCUGUGGAGCAAUACUGGCCGAGCAUCUUUCCAUCCCUUCUGUGUAUUUCAUGAGAGGAAUACCAUGUGAAUUAGACUUUGAGGCCACCCAGUGCCCCAGUCCCCCUUCAUAUGUUCCCAGGGCAUUUUCAGACCACACAGAUCACAUGAACUUCCUCCAGCGUGUGAAGAAUGUCAUCUUUGACACCUUCAAUCUCUUUCUUUGUGACUUCAUUUUUAAACCAUAUGAAAAACUGGCUUCUGAGUUCCUUCAGCGAGAUGUGACUGCACGUGAUCUCUUAGGCAAGGCUUCCGUAUGGCUUCUGAGGUAUGACUUUGUGCUAGAAUAUCCAAGACCAUUGAUGCCCAACAUGAUUGCAGUUGGAGGAAUAAACUGUGCUCACAAGCAGCUCUCCCAGGUGGGUCAUUCUCUUCUUUUAAUUCUUCUUUGCUUCUUUUUUUUUCUGUGUGUGCAGCUCCAUCUUUCUGUUUGCAAAAAAUGUUAUUAUGUUAUUAGUGUUAGAUUGUUAGUUAUUAGUGUUUCCUGUGCAGAUAGAUACAUGUUUGGCAGAAAUGUCAGCAGGGCUGAAUGACCACAUAGAAUUGACCAUACCUCAAAUUUGCCAGUUCCCUGGGUGUCAGAAUUCUUCUUGCUGUCUAGAGAGUGACGUAUGAAGAUUCACUUUACACUUAACAUUCCAGCUAGAGAGCUUUGGUAAAUCUGCAGACUUUUGUCCUUCACCUUUUCCCUUUCUGUGAAAUCUGCUUGAUGAGAUCAGGUUGGUGAGGCCCCUCUUUGAAGCACAAACUGUAGACAGCCACUCUUCUAGGUUUAUCUUGAAAGUUUUCAUGUGCUUUUGCACGUUCUUCCUAUCUGCUGUGAAACAGACCCUCAGUCAUUCACUCACUUAUCCACUUAGUAUUCCCUGUCUGUCCACUGUGUUAGUUGCUACAGCUUCAGCCCAGUUUCUCCGGAGUGUUUAAGCACUUCAAUCCCACUCAAAUCAACCUGAUCUGGAUGUCUAAGCAAGUCCUCAGGGUGGAACUCCUCAAUAUUAGAUCAAGUCAGCCAUGGUGUUAUACAGGCAGACUGUCUACACCUCAGGGGUAAAAAGCACUGAAACAUCUUCCAAAUCUCAGUAGAAUUAUAGAAUUGCUUGAGUUGGAAGGGAUCCUUACAGGUCGUUUAGUCCAACCCCCCUGCUGAAUCUCUCCAACUGCCAUUUGCAGCCAUUACUUGACCUUAGGCCAUGAGUGCUAUCAAGAAAAGUUUGAGUCCACCAUAACUGUUGAUCCGUCUAAAGCAGUUGCAGGCUACUGCAGAGUGUGACAGAGAACAGGACUUCCAAGAUCGUGAUUUUAUGCUGUUGUUUUGUUUUGUUUUGUUUUUCUCCUCAAAAGUCUUAGCACAGCACCUGCAGAAGCAGCUCAAAAGCUUUGUCCUCCCUUUCUUCUAGUAAUCUGAGGACAGAAGUGGAAUAUUCCCACUGUCUCAUACCACAGCUAGGUCUUCUUAACUUUGUUUGAAAGUAGCUAUUUUCAAGAAAUCUCAAAACAUUUUGGCCCAAACCUCCAAUUU